AUGGAAGGCAUGUUGAGUUCAAAUGAUAAACGCGUUCGAUUUAAAGAGUAUCGCUGUAUCUUUCCUGGCUGUACGGAAGGUCUUAAGACCAAGUACAACGCGAUUUCUCACAUAUGGGACAUCCACCUAAGACAUAUCCACAACACAACGGAACCAUACAAAACACUGAAGGACAAAGAUAAGGCAAGAGAGUUGUGUAUGCCUUAUCUCCACUUUGUGAAAGACGCAGAAACAACACGGAAGAGAAAACCAUAUGACUUGGCCGAUGUGUUGAAUGGGAAGGACAAAACAGUCAUUUCAGACUUGGUGGAUAACUCCUCCGUACAAGGGAAGAGUGAGGGAAAGACUCUUAAAGUCGACAUCAGUGAGAACUCCCCACAAUUUGCCAACACACUACAGACCGAAAAUUUGAACCAAAGCUUUGACCUUACUCAAAGGACUUAUCAACAAACACAAUGCCAAAACUUGUUCCAAAACAUCCAACAACAACCUUUUAAUAUCGGACUGCAGGGAGACGUUAAUAUACAAGGCCAGAACUACAUCACACAAAAUGAAUACGGCCAAAUCUUGACACCACAACAACCCCAACAGCAGAUGUGUCUUCCACAAUUGCAACAACAACAGAUGCAACAACAAAUGGUAUCCACACCAUCGUCCUUAGAGCGAUACACAACGUCUGUGAUGGGGCCAAAUUUGUCAGACCAACUACUUACCAUUGGAAACGACUUUAUUAAAGUAUAUUCAAUUACAGAGAACGUCAAACGCCUCCACGUCUAUGGCGAAAUCUUUGCGGAGAACGGAUUUCUUCAGAGAUCGGAUAAGCGAAGUAAGAAGGACAUUCGAGAGAUCACGGGCGCCUUAGAGACGCUUUGUAAACUGACUGGAAAGUCUUUCAAAUACAAAACGAACACCAAGAAAGUGCAGUACGGCUUCAUCGCACAGGAACUGAAAGGAAGUCAUUCCCGACGCCAGCUUU